UUGAAUUUUCAUUUCUCUCAUCUUUUCUUUUAAACUUCAUCUCUCUGCUUCAUCUGUUUCUCUCACUAAAAAGCUUUCUAUUCUCAUCAUGUCGCUAAAUUAGGGUUACAGGCUCGGACCUGAGAUUGUUUCGAACGGUAUUUUUGCUCGAAAUAGCAGACCUUUGAGAGAUUCUCAAGGCCCCAUGGGAGAUUCCAUCACGCAAGAUUAUGCAUCUUCCCCACUCGACAACGAUGCUUCAUCAGGGAAAGGCAGCGGAUACAACUCGCUAGAGAUUGCUUCCAUCGCUUCAGCUUCAGCCAUCGUCUCGGUUCUCAUUGCUCUCGUGCUUCUCUUCCUCUACACUCGGAAGUUGCAUCCGAGAUCAAAGAUCAUGUCCACCACUACCAAACGAGAAGUCACUAUGUUCAUCGACAUAGGAGUUUCAAUAACCUUCGACAACGUUGUUACCGCUACAAGAAACUUCAACGCCAGUAAUCUCAUCGGUAACGGUGGAUUUGGAGCAACUUACAAAGCGGUAAUAAUCUCUCAAGACCAAGAUGUAGUCGUCGCUAUCAAACGCCUCUCCAUCGGACGGUUCCAAGGCGUCCAACAGUUCCACGCGGAGAUCAAAACACUCGGUAGGCUUAAGCACCAGAACCUCGUGACUCUUAUCGGUUACCACGCGAGCGAGACCGAGAUGUUCUUGGUUUACAACUAUCUCCCCGGAGGCAACCUCGAGAGAUUCAUCCAAGAACGUUCCACGAGAGCUGUGGAUUGGAGAGUCCUUCACAAGAUCGCGCUCGACGUAGCUCGAGCUCUCGCCUACCUCCACGACCAAUGCGUCCCGCGGGUUCUUCACCGUGAUGUUAAACCGAGCAACAUCCUCUUGGACGAUGAUCACAACGCUUAUUUAUCGGAUUUCGGGUUAGCGAGGCUGCUCGGGGCUUCGGAAACGCACGCAACGACGGGCGUGGCGGGUACGUUUGGUUACGUGGCGCCCGAGUACGCGAUGACUUGCCGGGUUUCGGAUAAAGCGGAUGUUUACAGCUACGGGGUGGUGCUUCUGGAGCUGCUCUCGGACAAGAAAGUGCUUGAUCCGUCUUUUGUUAGGUACGGUAACGGUUUCAACAUUGUGCAGUGGGGUGACAUGUUGUUGAGACAGGGACGUGCCAAGGAGUUUUUCACGGCCGGUUUAUGGGACGUUGGUCCGCAUGGUGAUCUCGUUGAGGUUCUGCACUUAGCGGUUAUCUGUACGUUGGAUUCUCUAUCGACUAGACCGACUAUGAAGCAAGUUGUACAGCGGUUGAAGCAGCUCCAACCUCAGCUCCGGACUCAUGUUGUGUAGUAGUUAAGAAAUGUAGCUAAUAUGGUUACCACUUGGAAAUUGUUUUUUUAAUAUAGUUUUGCGUUAUUUUCUUUGUAAUGUUUUAGUAAAAUACCCUAAAAUUGUUUUUUAAAAGUUUUGAAAAUAAUACAAUUAACC